GCGCUAAUAGGGCAGAAAACGAUGAGCAAUUAAAACGUCUUCGUCACCUGUUGGAGGCUAUUCCGACGGGCAAGAAGAGAAAAAAAUAGACUGUUUGCUUUUUUAUUGUUGCACAAGCCUAUUUGCUCGGAAAAGUAGGGAAAGGACUACUAGUGAUUAACUCGUCAUGGCGAGGGAACUCAAAACCUGGGUCUUCUGGAGGGCCGUUUUGGCUGAAUUGCUGGGCAUGACUCUUUUCAUAUUUAUUGGUAUUUCAGCUGCAGUCGGGGACAAAGACACCGGCCCAGAGCAAGAAGUGAAGGUUGCAUUAGCUUUUGGACUGGCCAUCGCCACCCUGGCUCAGAGCUUGUGCCAUAUAAGCGGGGCCCACUUCAACCCAGCGAUCACCCUGGCUAUGCUCAUCAACUGCCAGAUCAGCAUAUUUCGAGCUGUUUUCUACAUUCUUGCGCAGAUGCUCGGGGCGGUAUUUGCCAGCGGCAUUGUGUACGGAUUGAGGCCUAACACUACAGAUUCCCUUGGGGUUAACAAGCUAAAUGGUGUUGAUGUGGCUCAAGGCUUCGGUAUAGAAUUCCUGGCAACCUUUCAACUGGUCCUGUGCUUUAUAGCAACUACGGACAAUAGGCGGUCAGAUGUCACAGGCUCCGCCCCCCUGGCAAUCGGUCUUUCAGUGUGUUUGGGACACCUUGCAGCAAUACGCUACACUGGAUGUGGGAUAAACCCAGCUCGUUCAUUUGGCCCAGCUGUCAUUACGAAAGGCUUUGAAAAUCAUUGGGUAUAUUGGGUUGGGCCUAUCAGUGGGGGUCUGGUAGCUGCCCUAGUCUAUGACUACCUCCUCCACCCCAAACUGGGUGACCUCACCGAGCGCCUGAAGGUUCUGUGUUAUGGCCCGGAAGAUGCCCCUGCACAAGAACCACUGCUUGAAGCUAACGCAGCUCAGUGGAACAAAGGGUGAAUGUAUUUGAAGAACAGAUGGCAUCUUGGGAAGAAAUAUAAUGGCAAUGCAAGCUUUCUUCUUGUAUCACCUAAAUGUAUUGAAAUUGCAUUGCCUAAACUACUGCGUUUGCCCUGUUUAAUCCAAUAAACCAUGGUUAGUAUCAACAAGAAA